AGAGGAGCCUCUCUGCCGCUGAGUGGCUGUAAAAGACCGGAGUGCGGAGGGGAGAGAGUGAUGGAGGUGGGCAGCGCUUCACCAUCGAGGUGAGAGCAAUCGGGAACUGAAGGAAACAGUCGCUGGUAAAAUCAGAAAUUUCGAGGCAAGAGCGGCACCAGACGCCAGCCCCGGCUCCAGCUGGUUUUGAGAAUGCGUUAGGGAGGCUGCAAACAUUUCCUCUCUUUCUCUCUCUCUCAUUGUUGGUGCGGAAGAGACUUGAGAACAAAGAGAGAGCCAAAAACAGAAUCUUAUCCCGGAAAAAAAAACGGGGAGAGAGAGCUCGGAGGGGCAGCUCCGGAUGGGAGCCGGACUGAGGGAGAUUUGAAAAGCGGAGUGUGGAGAGGCUGUCUGCCUUUACCUUGGCCAGGACACGAUGUGAGACCCAUCUGCUUUCAGGAAGCCAGCAGGUUGGUGCAAAGAUGCGAGGAGCCAGCCUGAGCAUCUGAUGGGAAUUAGUUUCCAUUUUCCACAGUGAGCGGAAGCCGGGGAAAGAUGAAAGUGCUCCGCAGGAAGGCAGCUCUGCUGGUCCUGGGCUACAUCCUACUCCUGGUGUUGACCAUGUUACACUUUACCGAUUAUAAAGGGGCCAAGGAGUGCACCCAGGUGAAGUAUGUACCGUACCCUCUCCGUUACACAGUGGAACACCAGCGGCCCUCACCCCCCCAGAACAGCUCCAACAGGCGCCAACAUGUCUAUGUCUUCACAACAUGGCGAUCAGGCUCUUCCUUCGUGGGGGAGCUCUUCAACCAGAACCCCGAUGUCUUCUUCCUCUACGAGCCCAUGUGGCACAUCUGGCAGAAGCUGUACCCAGGAGAUGCCCUCACUCUGCAAGGGGCGGCCCGUGACAUGCUGGGCUUUCUCUACCGCUGCGACCUCUCCAUCUUCCAGCUCUACAACGGGGGCAACAACCUCACCAGCAUGGGCAUCUUUGGGGCGCCCCGCAACAAGGUGGUCUGCUCCUACCCGCUCUGCAAGGCGUACAGGAAGGACAAGGUGGGCCUCAUCGACGAGCACGUGUGCAAGAACGAGUGCCCACCUCAGCACCUGGACUCCCUGGAAGCCGAGUGCCACAAGUACAGCACCAUCGUCAUCAAGGGCGUUCGCAUUUUUGACCUGAAUGUCUUGGCCCCUCUGAUGAAAGACCCCUUCGUCGACCUCAAGGUGAUCCACCUGGUCAGGGAUCCCAGGGCUGUGGCCAGCUCCCGGAUCAAGUCAAGGAACGGCCUGAUCCGGGAAAGCCUGCAGGUGAUGCGCAGUAAGGAUCCCAAGGGGCGUCGUUUGAAGGUGUACGAUGGGUACCAGAGGACCAGGCGGGAUGCAGUGGAUUAUCACGCUCUCAAUGCCCUGGAGGUGAUCUGCACCAGCAUGGUCAGGACUGUUCAGAUGGUGAGGGAGCCACCAGACUGGCUGAAGGACAAUUACAGGGUAGUGCGUUAUGAAGACCUGGUGGAAGACCCCAUCAGGUACCUCAAGGACAUGUAUCACUUUGUUAACCUGUCAGUCAGUGAGGACAUUGAGAGGUUCAUGCUCAACAUGACCAUGGGGUCCAGUUACUCCUCCAAAAAGCCCUUCAGUGUUUCUUCCCGAAACGCCACCCAGGCUGCCAAUGCGUGGCGGACCCAGAUGACGUACUCCCAAAUCAAACAAGUGGAGGAAUACUGCCAACAGGCCAUGGAUUGGCUGGGCUAUGAGAAAGUCCAAACACCAGAGGAAGUCAAGGAUUUCAGCAAGUCAUUUGUAACCAAAAUCCGGCUUUGAACAAAAAUGCAGAAGGGCUCCAGAAAUUCAUUCCAUCAAAACCCACAUCCAAGAGAAGCCCAGGCACAGAUCCCAACCUGUGUACUUUCUGAAUAUCCUUGGAUUCAGGUCUGGGAAAAAAAAAACAAGACAAGUGCUUGAGAGGAUUUUUAUAUUGUGUGGAGUGCUUGGGUACACUCAGAGCUGCACCCACAUACCUCACAGUCACACAGACACCCUUGCACAGUGACAUUCUCACACUGACAUGUCUCUCAUGCACUGGUACACGUUACAUUCUCAUACAAAAGCUGCCAUUAACAGACGCCCGCACAUUCACACAGGCACACAGAAACAGACAUACCUACUCUCACACAUUCACACCAACAUUCAUGAUAACAUAGGCACAGCCUUCAUCCCAUUUACUCAAACACAUUUACAAACAACUUCUCACUAACUCAGUUGCACACAUAACUGAUAACACUGAAAAGCUGGUGAUGCAUGAGUCACUUAAUAAUUUUAAGGGGUCUUUUCCUCACCAGAUGUUGACAAAGGUGCAACGUGUUGAGUUGGCUAUUGGAAAUACUUGAUCAUUUGGAUUUAAAGUUGUUAUUGUACAUUGGUCUUUGAACAUAUAUAUAUUGUUCUUUUUAGUUGUCUGGUUGAAUGAGUAAAUUGAUAAUUUAUCAUUUAAAGAAGUAUUCUAUUAUAUUGAUGGCAUGCGGCAGUAGAAUUGUGACUACAGUACUUUACUGCCAAAGAACACCUCACCUCUGAAUCCUUUCUAUCUGUUUGUGCUUGAUUGUUCAUUCCAGAUAAGCCGGUUCAUAUUCCCUUCCCCAAGAUUGUGUGGAACAAACAAGAGUAGUCUGUGCAAAAUAAACCUUUUUGACCCACAUUUUCAUUAUUAAUGUUAUGUCAUAGCUGAGAGUGAGUGCAGACAAGUACAAGAAUCUACAAAAAAAGACAUUAAAUGAAAGAAAACUAACUGAAACCUUGCCAAGAUCAAAACUGACAUAGCACAUGAUUUGUUGCAAGACGCCAUGUUUAAUGCAUUAUUGUAUAUUAUCUGGAGUCUCUGUGAGGCUACUGACAAAAUGUUACAACGUACAGUAUUUAUGAGGAAAGGAAAUACAUUGAGCAGCAACAUACCCAGAGACUAACUUUCUGCUUUAAUUAAAGGCUAAGGCGAAACAAUGCAAAACCAUCUCCUUGAAGGAGUCUUGUAAUUAUCUCACUGAUGCCAACGCUAUAGUAUGCAGUUCUCCAGUGCAUGAACUCUGGAAGUCAUUUCCGUAAUUUUAUUUUUAAAAUGCCUUCAAGUCAGUCUCAGGCUAUUUCCAUUGAAGGCCAGCAGCAGAUUAUUAAAAUGGGAUAAACUUACUGUAGAAUGAGUGAUGCUUUUGUACUGGUGACAAUGCUGGUGGUACACCACAAAGCAGAUUCUAAGAGGUCCCUUUAUUGUGAAGUUGAGAUCCUGGGAGAGACUGUUAAAAUAGAGACAUGACUUUCAGCUUCAGCUUUCUGUUCUCAGGAGUUUACCCAUUAGUUAACACUUCUCCAAACUAAGGCCUGUUUUAAUGUAGUCUCACGGUUUGUGCACAGGCAAAUGGCGAUGGGUUAAUACCGGUAAUACCUAGAGAUUAUAGCAGUGGAAAAAAUAACUUAAAGAAAUUUUAAAUCCAAGUAAUCGAUUUGGAGUGACAGUGUAUAAAUUUCAGAGUCUGGGAAUCAACACGGAGCUGAUCUGCCUUGCUUUAUAAAAGAAUUAUGACAACAAAUUGAACCAAUUCUGUGCAUUCAGAUGGUUGGAGUAAGAGGUGCCAAAUAUAUUUUAAAAAAUGGUCCAUCUGAAGUCAUUGGAACUCUGGAUAUUGCCUCCUGCUGUCGGCACAAGAACUGUGUACCUACUGUUGAUGACAUGUCCUCAAGGUAAAAAUGACUUCAUAAUGCUUUGGAUUCAGAACAGAAGCUGUAUGUUAUGAAAAUUGCCUCAUCCCUCAGAUUGAAGUUGAAAUUGUAUUGAACAGUUAUCAGACAGUCACGGUAGUCAGGCAGUUGAUGUCUCCCUCUCUCCUUAGCUGCUUUUAUUGCAAGUGGAAGCUCCAAAUGUUGCAGCAGGGUCUGGCACUUUGGACAGCGGAAUGAUCUUUCAUGUUGAACCAUAGAACUGUUACAGCACAGAAAGGGACCAUCCUGUUAAACCUGGCCCCUGUAGUAAUUGAUCUUUCUGCAAUAGGGUUAGUAGAAACAGGUCUUCCCUAAAAAAACAAGGAAAUACAAAAGAAAAAAAAUGCACUGUUAGCUGAGAUAAUAGGAACUGCAGAUGCUGGAGAAUCUGAGAUAACAAGGUGUAGAGCUGGAUGAACACAGCAGGCCAAGCAGCAUCAGAGGAGCAGGAAAGCUGACGUUUUGGGCCUAGACCCUUCAUCAGAAAUGUUAGCUGACUCCUGUUACUGAAUGAGCUAUUGUGACUGCAUUUCUGUGCAUCACACCUCCCAGACUGGGCUAUUCACCACUGCAGUGUAUGGUCCUUCUCUGAGUCAAUCAAAUGGUCCAAACUGAAUUAGGAGGGAAUGUAAAACAAACACAGAGAAUGCUGAAGAACCUCAGCAGGUCUGGCAGCAUCUGUGGAGAGAGAAA